AUGAGGCAUGUUCCAUCUACCACGCUGUGGCCGUGCUGUGAGUCGCGUCUGCGCGGCGCUGCGGCCGCCGACGCCCCGCCGCCGGGCCUCACCUCUGCGCUCCUGCCGGCCGUGUGCGCCGGACUGCUGGCGGCGCCCCUCCCCGACUCCGACGCCCGGCUGGCGCGCACCCUCGAGGAUGCCCUCUACCUCAGCGCCGCCUGCCGGCUGACGGGCGAACCUCUAGCGGCGGCGGUGCGGCUGCUACUGGAGUAUCCGGAGCGGCACGCAGCGCUGCUGGACCUCCUAUGGAAGGGAGUGAUGCACUCGGUGGUCGAGGUGCGGGAGACGACCGCCCAGCUGGCCGGCAUGCUGGUCCCCGAGGUGCCCGAGACCGUACUGACGUCCCGCGUGCUGCCGGCGCUGGUCACACUGGCGUCCGACCCGCAACAGCUGGUGCGGCGCGCGGUGGUGCCGGCCCUGGGCCUGGUCCUGGAGACCCAGCCGGGCCGGGAGCCGUCUGAGAAGGCCCGUCUGCAGGUGACGGCGCUGUGCCAGGACGCGGCGCUGGCCGGCCCGCUGGCGGCCGCGCUGGGCCGCGCCGCCGCCGCCGGCCGGCACACAGAGUUCUGCCUGUCGCGGCUGGCAGAGCUGGCGGCGCGCCGCGCGCCCGCCGACGCGCCCACCCUGCUGGACGCCUACACGGCGCUGGCCUGCGGGCAUGUGGCCGGGGAGGCCGUCAGCAGGGACGUCCUGCCGGCGCUCAGGUGUCUGCUGGACACGUUUGUCAGUGUGGGGUCGCCACAGGCGGACGUAGUGGCCGCGCUGAUCCGCGACUUUGACCAGCGCGUGGCCGCCCCGACACCGGACGUCCCUGCGCCGCCCCAGCCGCUGACGGCGGCGGCGGCGGCGGCAGCAGCGGUGCCCGCCGUUCAGCAGGGCAUGGUCGAGGUGCGCAGCCGUGUCACCAAGAUGCUCAGCUCGACGGCCAUCCAGUCCAAGUCCUCCCAGCUGACAGGACUCUUCAGGAAAAAGUAGCGCGGCCAAGUGGGUGGGUGUCGGGUCGGGGUGUGCCGGGAACAUAAAAGGCUGAUUGAGCAUUCCAUAGGGAGUUAUUGCUGUGGGUAGGGCGGGGUAGCCGAUUUACUAGUGUAGAUAUUAUGGCCAGAAAAGUGGACUGAAGAAGAGCAUUUAUGAGAUAUGCGCACAUUUUAUAGUGUAGUGCGUACUGGUUGCGGGUACAAAUAUCUCGUGCAUUUCCUACUAGAAUUUUUAUGUAACCCACAUCUUAUUUUUAUUGGGAAAUGGAUUGGAAUGUGAUAAUUAUUUACAGGAUUUCAAACAUAACAAAAACAAGUCCCUUACGGGCGUUGACGUUCUUUUUACGUUUGCUUGAAAGCUCUGUGUUAAAGUUUACGUGAAAUCAAUAGUUUGUGUAGCACGAUCCGAAACGUGCAGCCAUUAGUGUAUGUAGAUAAAGCCAGUGAGUUUCCCUGAAUUUCGCCAUAGCGAAGAACUGCGGGCUGUUUAUCACAGCCAUGCUCUAACUUGCCAUUGGUGUAACAGCCAAGAAUAGUUCCAAGGCACAUGUGACGGCGCCGAGUUAGAGUGGAGGGCGCGUAUUUCGAGUUUCUCUGAAGGCAGCUGGCUGUCGCGGAAGAGUCAGUUACAGCCCCCCCCCCCCCUCGAGUUCCACCCCCGCCGUCGCCGGUGUCCCGUCGGUGGCUCUCGUUGCAUGCUGCGGGAACCGUCAGUGAUCCGGGUACUCUACCGUCCAUGCUUAUAUCGUCCGUGGCAUAUGCUCGCUGCUGUCGGCGUCCGGGAGUCUGUGUGAGGACAACAGGGUGUUCAGGGGACGUUUUAUCGGAUGUGGGGGGCGCCGCCGGCGGUCAGGGCGGGGUCUUUAUCAGGUCACGUGCCACCCAAGGGGACCGUUGACCUGGCAGUGCUGGACCCGCCAUAUGCUGAGUGUUGUGAUACCGGGUGAGGUUGCGCGAUGCGAUACUGACGAGACUUAAUGUGGCUGCUUGUCAUGCUGUGGUUGUGCCUUUCGCGCCCAAGUGAAUACAUAUUGCGCCUAUA